UUCAGCAGAUGCAGGGACACCAGCCACACGGGGAUCCAGCCCAGGACGAUCGCUUCAAGGCAAGGACAGAGAGGCUCCUCACCAUCUUUCACAGUGAUCUCUUCCAGGCUCUGCUGGAUAUUCAGCAGUCUUACGAAGUGUCCCUGGAGGGCCAGCCAGCCCAGCGUGGUCCCAAGAAGUUGAAUCCUAAGAAAUACCGGUACCAAGAUGAAGACACCCCGCCCCUGGAACACAGCCCAGCACACCUUCCCAAUCAGAUGAAGGGGCCCGAGCUCGUCCACGUUUCCGAGAAGAACCUGUCGCAAAUUGAGAAUGUCCAUGGCUACGUGUCCCACUCGCACAUCUCCCCGAUGAAGCAGAUGGAUCCAGCUGAGCUCUGCAUCCCGGCUAACUCACCUCCAGUGAUAGUGAACACCGACACCUUGGAUGCACCACCCUAUAUCAAUGGUAUGGAUGGAGAGAUCGAGUAUGAAGAGAUCACACUGGAGAGAGGGAACUCUGGUCUCGGCUUCAGCAUUGCAGGAGGGACAGACAACCCACACAUUGGAGAUGACCCCAGCAUCUUCAUCACCAAAAUAAUCCCUGGCGGGGCAGCGGCCCAGGACGGCAGGCUCCGGGUGAACGACAGCAUUCUGUUUGUGAAUGACGUGGACGUGCGGGAGGUGACUCACAGCACGGCUGUGGAGGCGCUGAAGGAUGCCGGCUCCAUCGUCCGGCUCUACGUCAUGCGCAGGAAGCCGACGGCCGAGAAAAUCAUGGAGAUCAAACUCAUCAAAGGGCCCAAAGGGCUUGGAUUCAGCAUUGCUGGGGGAAUCGGGAAUCAGCACAUUCCUGGAGACAACAGCAUCUAUGUCACGAAGAUCAUCGAGGGUGGAGCAGCGCACAAGGAUGGCCGUCUACAGAUCGGAGACAAGAUCCUGGCAGUAAACAAUGUGGGGCUGGAAGAUGUGAUGCAUGAAGAUGCAGUGGCUGCUUUGAAGAACACGUCAGACAUUGUGUACCUCAAGAUCGCCAAACCCACCAGUCUCUACAUCAACGAUACCUAUGCCCCUCCUGAUAUCACCACCUCCUACUCACAGCCCCUGGACACUGAACUUGGACACUCCAACUACCUGGGCACGGACUACUCCCAGACCCUCACUCCCUCAUCUCCACGCCGUUACUCACCGGUACCCAAAGGGCUGAUGGGAGAAGACGACAUCCCUCGGGAGCCACGGAGAGUGAUGAUCCACCGCGGCUCGACGGGUCUCGGCUUCAACAUCGUGGGAGGUGAAGACGGGGAGGGAAUCUUCAUCUCCUUCAUCCUGGCCGGUGGCCCAGCGGAUCUGAGUGGGGAACUCCGGAAGGGGGACCAGAUACUCUCGGUGAACGGCGUGGACCUGCGCAACGCCACCCACGAGCAGGCUGCAGCGGCGCUGAAAAAUGCAGGGCAGACCGUGACCAUCAUCGCUCAGUACAAGCCAGAAGAGUACAGCCGCUUCGAGGCGAAGAUCCACGACCUGCGGGAGCAGCUGAUGAACAGCAGCAUUGGGUCCGGCACCAGCUCCCUGCGCAGUAACCACAAACAAGUCUUCUACAUCAGGGCGCUCUUUGACUACGACAAGACGAAGGACUGCGGCUUCCUCAGCCAGGCGCUCAGCUUCCACUUCGGGGACAUCCUGCACGUCAUCGACGCCUCGGACGAGGAAUGGUGGCAGGCGCGCAAGGUGCACUCGGACGGAGAGAGCGAGGAGAUCGGAUUCAUCCCCAGCAAGAGGAGGGUUGAGAGGAAGGAGUGGCCGAGACUAAAGGGCAAAGAUCGGGAGAUGCCAGGCGUCGGAGACGGGGGUCUGCAAGGGAGCCGUGAGGACCGGGUGCUGAGCUACGAGGCGGUUCUGCAGAUGGAAGUGCACUACGCUCGUCCCAUCAUCAUUCUGGGCCCCACCAAGGACCGGGUGAACGACGACCUGCUCUCCGAAUUCCCGGACAAGUUUGGCUCCUGUGUUCCACAUACAACCCGGACAAAACGUGACUACGAGGUGGACGGACGGGACUAUCACUUCGUGGCGUCCCGCGAGCAGAUGGAGAAGGACAUUCAGAGCCACAGGUUCAUCGAGGCCGGCCAGUACAACACGCACCUGUAUGGGACCAGCGUGCAGUCGGUUCGGGAGGUGGCAGAGCAGGGGAAGCACUGUAUCCUGGAUGUGUCAGCCAACGCCGUGCGGAGACUGCAGGCAGCCCAUCUUCACCCCAUCGCCAUCUUUAUCAGACCCAAGUCCCUGGAGAACAUCCUGGAGAUCAACAAACGGCUGACGGAGGAACAAGCCCGAAAGGCCUUCGAGAGGGCGGUGAAACUGCAGCAGGACUUCACCGAGUGUUUCUCGGCUGUGGUGGAAGGUGACAGUUUCGAGGAGAUUUACAUCCGUUGCAAACACAUCAUCGAGGAGCACUCUGGGCCUUACAUCUGGGUCCCCUCCCGGGAGAGACUGUAGGACAUCCUCCCCUCGCCCCUCUCCCCCUCCCCACCUCCGGGCUGACCAACCUCAUGUGUCCAUGACCUGCCCCACCCCGAGCUUCUGAAGCCGCUAUUGCCUCCCGCAGGAUCUGACCCCUCUGCAACACCACAGCUCUUUUGUUCUGUCAUUUGCUCCGUUUCCAGGAUGGAGAGUGGAGUCGAGGGAAAGAGGAAUUUUUUUGUUUAAGAAAGGAAGAGGAGACAGCCUUGUGUGUGACCUGUUUGUUUCUGCUCUCUCCACAAAGACUGCUUGUGCAUGCUUCAUGUCAAAGGCAAGCAAACAGCAAGGACCAUCCAAUGAACCAGCUUUCACCUGCACUGCACAAGGAGCGGUAUUUGCCAAGCCUGGGCUGUGGGUAGCACAGACUGUGGUUUGCUGUCUGGGUGACUGUAAAUAAUUUCCUUAUUUAACUGAAGAACAUACACACGUGAGUGACAAGAAACAGCAACAAGAAAAACAAAACCUUAAAAUUACCGCUUUCCAUUAUUUUCUGUUCAUCCCCUUUGUGCUGACUGCCUGCAUCCCAAAGACAGAGGAAAACCACAAACUUUGGAAAAGUGAAUCGUCAAAGAGCAAGUAAGUUCAGAGAGGCUUCCAUCGAAAGAGCAAUGCAGGGCGGCAGUAGCUUUCCGAAAUGCUCUGUGCCCUCUCGCUCGCUCUCGCCCCCAUGGGAAUCGGGAUUUUCCUCUGCGCCUGUUACAAGACGUGGCUGUUCCCUCUCUCGCCGGCUCGUGAAGAAUGGGCCCUCACUGCAUGGAGACUGUGGCUGUGCUGUCCACUGGCGCCAUCUGCUUUUUCAACUCAUUUUUAUUGCUGUUGCCCUAAGACAGUCAUGUUUUGACCGUGUUUUAUUUAGUUGCUGGGACCUUCACACCUCCGUCCUUUCCCAGUCAUGUGAUGGAACAGACCUGACAGGCGCGUGCAAAGAGUUUAAUUGUCAAGCGGAUUUGGGAGUGCUGGUCUUUGGUAUCCCAGCCCUCGAAUCGCAUUGCUGUUGGUUGGUUCUCUGUGUGGGACUGGGCUGUG